AUGGCCUCGACGUGUCAGCAGCCUCUGCUGGGACCACCCGCUAUCAUCGGCUUGACGAUCGCCGGAGUGGUCGCGGUCGAGGCGAUUCUCCUCGUUCUCGGCUGGCUCAUCGUCAUACGAACACGGCGACCAAAGCGCUCCCGAACGAAGGGGAGGAGACGAGCAACGGAGGACCGCACGAGACGCGAUGAAGGGCGACGAGCUGAAGAAGGAGUGAUUGCGGAGCGCAGUCCAGCAAGCGGGAGGGGCAGCUUCUUGCAGAGAUGGAUUGCGCGGGAGGGGAACAUGGUAUACAGUCCGGUCAGAGCGGUGGAAGAACCGGAGGAGCGGACGCUGGUCGACCAAGCUGUACCAAGCGCUCCCAAGCUCUAUCUCGUCCCGCCAGCGAUCCAACAUCCAACGCACCUCUACCCUCUCACUCACGUUCCCUACGACCACCCUCUCAUUCCGCCUCCUCCUCCGUCUUCGCUCCCGCCACAGCUUUCUUGUUACUCCCCAGACCACAGCAGAGCGACCCAUUCUCGCACCAUUACGGAUACCAACCUCGUCGCCUCAUCCGCGACGGUAGAGUUUGGACGGGUGUAG